AUGAACGAAUCGCCACUGGCCCGGGCAUCGACGCACCUCGCGCCGGCCCGGGGCCGCCCGCUCCGGUCGACGUCCGAAACGUCCCCCACGCGACACCGAAACACCGACGACCUUCUUUCAAAUCUGACCCCGCGAACGGUGGUCGAUGCCUUCCGGAACCCCUCGGGUACCCUGAGGGCCUGCAUGCAGGCGGCAACCCCGGCGGAGCAGGCCUUUGCCCUGCGGGUUGCCAUUGCCUCCAACAGCAUACACGAAUGGCUGGCCGAGCUGUCCGCUUGGUCGUGGCCCACGAGUGGGGGCUCUGCGGGAUUUGAGAUGCCCGCCGUGAAGAGGAAGCUUUUCGCGUCGCCCUCACCGCAACAACAAAAACAGGAAUACUACGGAAGCGUCCUGGCGUCCGACGUAGAAAGGUACGAGAGGCGCAUUGACCGCAUUGCGCAGGAGCUAGAGGAGCUCGAUAUCGAGGAGAUCAAGAGCCAGGUCCUAAACAACCACAUCAUGCCGCUUUCCCGGCCCGGGACCCCUAUGAUGGACUCAGCCCGCUCUGUCAUGUCUCUUUCUAGCAUUUCGAGGCUGGACGAUUUGACGGCCAUCGUCAUGGCCACGACUGUCCAGGCACUGCCGAAUCUUUCCAGGCUUGUUAGGCUCAUGGGUACUUGGAACUUUCGCCUCUUGGUGCUGCGCAAGAUCCCAGUCUUCCUGACGUCCAUUGCGGGUGCCGAGACCGCUUUGCAGUCUGGCUGGAAGACGAUCAACGCCCCCAAAGGCCAAAAUGGUGCAUCUCAUGCCGCGCCAGCACCCCUGUCUCGCGAGGAGUGCGACGUCAUGAAGGCUGUCUUGGGAAGCAAAGUCGCCAAGGCCGGUCGCGACCUGGACGCCAUGCUGGACAUGCUCGAGGGCCAACAAGACACCCUCCCGGCGGAAUGGAUUGACAGGAUAGACACGCUUGAGCAGGGGUACGGCGAAUGGACCGUGGCCUGUGACAGGAAGCUCAAGGAAGCUGACUUGGCUGCCGCGGCGGCUCGGGCUGCUCCCAAGAGCGUCCCGGCUGCUGUCAGUGCCCAGUCACUAGGCGGCGACGGAUCCAAUGACAGUGUGGACAGCCCCAGUUCUACGCCUGCUGUCCGGCCUCCAGUCAUCAAGGUUCAUCACACCGCUGACGACGGAACCGCUUCGACUGAUGAAGACUGCCCGGAUACUGACAACGAGUUUGAUGCGAUGACACCGGACGGAUCGGACGAUGUGGGGGAUUCCUCGGUGCUCGUAACCCGACCGGACGCACCAAACACAGAUGCACCCGGCUCCGACUCUGAACUCUCAGAUAUUGCGGAGGAUGGGGUGUUCCGGAUGGAAGACACAACAGGCUUGGAUGAGGGACCCAGCAUGUUUACGGACUCCUUUUCUAGUGACAUGAUUGACCAGAGCACGCCUGAGCGCCCCCGCCCGCGACCAACAGACGCCACCGAUAUUCCCGAGACGGACCCAUUCCGCUCGACCGCGAGGUCGUUCUCUGUGAGCUUUAACGACAUGCCCACUGUGGCGGAACUUCCGAGCUUCCCGAGCCCUCCGGGCACUCCGAGCAGGUCGGGCAUUGUGGAGGACGACGGGGUUACGGAGCCUAACACGCCCGUUGAGAGGAGCGUGCCCGGCUUGGACGACCAUUUGCAGAAGCAGAUUAGCGAGAUUCUCGAGUCGGUCCCGGCUAAAAUCCGGCUGUCUGCGGAGCUCCCGGCCGUCAACCUCAACCCGCCGGAUUUUAAGAUGCCCACGCUGCGGAGGAGCUCGCGGCCCGAGGUCAUUCACCGCACCCAGUCUAACACGUCCAUGCGCUCGGCCUAUUCUCGCUCCGCAACGCCAUCCUUCACACUUGCGCCUGUCCGUCGCCCGCGACAACAACGUGGGAACCAGGAGAUCAAGAUUUAUCACCUCUCCCGGUCCACCGGUGAGGCACCCAUCAAGUUGUUCAUCCGUUGCGUGGGAGAGCACGGCGAGCGGGUCAUGGUGCGGGUGGGUGGUGGUUGGGCCGACCUGGGGGAGUACCUCAAGGAAUACGCCAGCCACCAUCUCCGCCGCGCUGUCGCUCCGGGCGCAGAUAGCAAGGUCGAGGUCAAGGACAUCCCUCGCCCCGGAUCUGUCCGCCCCGCCGAUUCCACGCCGCCGAGCCGGCCAUCGUCCGCCAUGGAUUCUCACUCCCCCAUCUCCCCCUUGAAACUCCGCAAAACGCGCAACCCGGCGGCAGCCGACGACGAGCCCCAUCGCCAACACCGACGGGCGUCCGCCGCACGGCCCAAAACGCCGCUCGCCAACAUCAGCAAGCUCUCAGCCACCCCACCCUCGGACGCGUCGUCGUCCGUCCGGUCGUGCUCGAGCUCGCGUGUCAGCUGGGACGAGGAGGACGCGACGACCGCGCUAGGCAUGGCCGGCCCGCGCGCCAAGCGGAUCGAGAUGAGCGAGGAGAGAAAGGCGUGGGUCGAGACCAUUGAGCGGAAGGUCCGGAUUGCCAGUUACGAGCGGAAGCCGGCUCCUACUCCGUCUCUGCAUGCCCCUGCGAACGGCCAUGCUACGCGUCCUGCUAGUGCUGCGGCUGGUGAUCUGGGCGGGGCCGGGUUGGAGGCGAGUUUGAUGGACCGCGGGAGGGCGGACGGGAAAGGGAAGGGGGGGAUGUUUGGGGAGAUGGGGAAAGCUGGGAGCACGACAAGGUUAUUUAGGAAGGCUGGAUAA